AUGGCGACCAAAAAUGCGCCCAAGGCCAAGAAGGCCCCAAAAAUCAAGCAAAUGGAACUACCCAAUGCCGCCGCAGGCGUAGUCACUCGAUUCCCUCCAGAGCCUUCAGGAUACCUUCACAUAGGGCACUCGAAAGCUGCUCUACUCAAUGACUACUUUGCUCACAUUCAGUAUCCGGGUGGCAAAUUGAUCCUGAGGUUCGACGAUACAAACAUUGAGAAAGAGAACGUUGAAUAUCAAGAUGCAAUCCGCGAGGACGUCGCUCUUUUGGGCAUCAAGCCUGACGUGAUCUCUUACACAAGUGACUACUUUGACCAAAUCGAUGAGUACUGUGUGAAGAUCAUUACUGCUGGUAAGGCCUACGCAGACGACACACCUGCCGACGUAAUGAGCGCACAAAGAAUGGCACGUGAGCCCAGUGUUCAUAGAGACGACAGCGUCGAGGAUAACCUGGCAAGGUACGAGGAGAUGAAAAAGGGUUCCGAAGAGGGAAAGCGAUGGUGUAUUCGAGCAAAGAUAUCCCAUGCCAACGACAAUGCCUCUCUCCGAGAUCCUGUGAUUUUCCGGUGUCCCAAAAAUCAGACCCACCACCACCGAACGGGCGAUAAAUACCAAGCCUACCCUACUUAUCAAUUUGCUUGUCCGAUUGUGGAUUCUAUCGAGGGUGUUACUCACGCUCUGAGGACGACUGAAUACAACGACCAAGAUGCGCAAUACAAGUGGAUUCUCAAGGCUAUCGAUCUGCGGUCUCCCUAUAUCUGGACUUUUUCUAAGAUUCAGUUUGUGCGCACGCUGAUGUCGAAGCGAAAGCUGACAAAACUCGUGGACGCCGGUAUCGUGUCUGGCUGGGACGAUCCACGCCUCCCCACUGUAAGAGGUAUCCGACGCCGCGGCAUGACUGUUGAGGGUCUGCGGGAUUUCAUGGUCAGUCAGGGACCCAGCAAGAAUGUAGUCAAUAUGGACUGGCAUACCAUCUGGACCAUGAACAAGAAGGUCAUUGAUCAGACGAGUGCCAGAUAUACCGCGAUUGACGAUAACCAUGUUGUUUGCAAGGUCAAAGGUCUCCCACAAGAAACCCCAUACUCGGAGAUCAAGCCCAAACACGCCAAGUACGAUCUCGGAGAAAAGAAAGUAUGGUACAGCUCGAGCAUCAUCAUCGAGCAAGAGGAUGCGCGGACGUUCGCCAAGGACGAAGAGAUCACGCUCAUGAACUGGGGAAACGUGUACGUUCGUGACAUCCAGUAUGAGAAAACCACCGACAAAGCCGACAUCGCUGACGGCGUCAAAACUCUCGGCAAUGUCGCUUCCCUCGAGCUCGAGCUCCACCUCGACGGCGACUUCAAAGCCACAAAGAAGAAGGUCACGUGGCUUUCCAAGGACCAGGACCUCUGUCCCGUCCAACUCGAAGAUUUCGACCAUUUGCUGUCCAAGGAUAAGCUGACAGAGGAGGAGGAAGCACAUUGGGAAGACUUUCUGACCCCCAAGAGCGUCUUUACCUCUACGGCAUUGGCUGACUGCAAUGUAUGGGACGUCAAGGAGAACGACGUCAUUCAAUUUGACCGCAAGGGCUACUUUAGAUGCGACAAGGCUCCAACCAAGGAGUCGAAAGGGGUCUUUUUCAAGAUACCAACGGGGAAGGAAUAG